AUGCAGACAUAUGCAACGUUAGUUCUCUUCUUGCUAAUUCCAGCAGUUUUUUCUGAAGAUUUUAACAGUACUACAGAUGCUGUCCUUGAAACGGAUUAUGAAAAUGAAACUGAAAUUGUUGCGCCACAGAGAGACUUCAUUGGAGACGACUUUUACGGUGACUCCUUUCACGGCCAUUUCUAUGAACAUGCACACAUUUUUGGACCAGACUUUUACGAAUCUUUCCAUCCUCAUAUUUCAUAUCCCAGCCAUUUCUAUCACCAUCAUCAUCACCACCAUCAUAGAAAUACUAGAAUAGGUGGCUUUAUCCCUCAGUUAUUGAGUCAUAUAACACCUGGCGCUUGGAAAGAGUUGUUUAGAAUCUGUCAGAAUAACACAAUUACCGAGGCACAGAAAGAAGCUGCCAUUUGGGAAUGGGCCCCGAGACAAGGACAAGACGUUUACAUCCAGGAAAUACUUAAGAGUAUGACUCCAGACCAACAGGAAUUGCUUCAGUAUUUGCAGUUAAUAUCACAGAGGAGCAUGAAGAAAGUACCAACUUUUGUUGGUCUUCCUUCCGAAUUAUUAUGCAAUAGAAUCAGGCCAUUCACACCGAUGAUUGUCUAUGGGUGCCAAGAUCCACGUUUCCUUGAUAUGGAAAACUAUUUCCUUCCAUUAUGCGCAAACAACGGCGGCUUUUAUUGA